UUCAGUGACUCCAAUUUCGCCGGCCUCGGUGCCGGUACUAGCUGAAUGCGUAUAAACAAGGGUCAAGGUUGCUUCUCUAAGAUGUAACUUCCAGCCUCUUUGCAUAUAGCCAAUAACUACUGUAUCUUGGACUUGUACAACGCGACAUUCGUUAAUUGGUAAUCACCGAACAGUUGGGGCCAUGAACACACUUCUUGAUCAAACCAAAGUGGAGUCCAUCGCACCUGAUCUUGAGGCACAGAAACUCUACAUUUUUCAUCCAGAUACGCUCGCGAUUCCAAGUAUUGCUACCGGUCUCUCAAUUCUCGUCUUACUUUGCCAAGCACUGGUUUCCGCGUUUAGGAGAUCCAAAGCGCGGCUUCGAAGAGCUGAAAAUAUUCCUCAUGAAGAUCCUGUCGAAAUCACUAACCACAAAACUUCGGUUCGAACUCUAGUUGACGCAAAUGGAGAAACGACCAUCCUCACAUUUAGAGUCGCGAGGCAUGUGGCAUGUCUUUGUCUCCUUAGUCUCACUUUAUCUACUGCUGUUUCGACGCGUCAUUCUGUAUCGCGUUGCCACUCCGGUUUUCAGGUCGGAUUGUGUAUCACCUAUGGUUAUAUGUCGCUCCUAUCCAUAGCCUCGCUUCUCCCGACGUCGUGGAGGAGGGCCUCGAAUAUUCACCUUUCAGUUCUUCUUUUGUUUGCUUGGAGCACUUUCAUGUACCGCGAUGUCUGGCCUCUCGCAACGUACACGUUGACACCUAGGGACAUUCACGAAGGUUGGCUCAUAUGGCUCAAAAUCGGUAUACUCUCUCUUGCAGCAGUCGUGAUCCCUUUGGUCGUUCCCCGGCGAUAUAUACCUGUCGAUCCUCAGAACCCAAUGCCUGUUACAAAUCCAGAGCAAACAACCCCUCUCAUUUCAUUCCUAUUGUACUUCUUCGUGGACAACAUCAUCUUCAAAGCUUUGCAAAUGCCUCAUUUAAGCAUUGAUGAUCUUCCACCUUUGCCUGACAGGGAUCAAACAACGAAUCUGAUGAAGGCUAGCUCCCAGUACCUUGAUCCACUUAAGUCGAAGGAAAAGCGGCACGUCUUCUGGAGUCUGUUGAGAGUCUUUGGCAAGGUGCACGUCUUUAUGACGAUUUUGCUUGUCGCGCGCGUAUUUACAUCGUUUGCGGCCCCCUACGGCAUGAAAAGACUCUUAAAUUAUCUUGAGGAUCGCGAUCGAGAGACUUUUGUUCGCCCUUGGGUAUGGAUCGUCUGGCUGCUCGUGGGGCCGCUUUUGGCCGGUGUCGCAAUGCAGUGGUAUUACUUCCUUUCUGCUAGAACUCGAGUGCGGUAUCAAGCGCUCCUGACCCAGUUGAUCUUCAAUCAUACCUUACGCAUGCGAGUCAAGGCAGACAUUGCGUUUGAGAAGACAUCGACAGGAUCGGGCGCAGCUGAAUCAGAUGAAGUCGAGUCAGUCACCAAGAGUAGCAAUUCUCUGGGUAAAUUGUUGAAUCUGGUGACGGGCGACAUGGAAAACCUUGAGCGUGGUCAACAUUUCCUAUUCGUUGUUCUCUACUGUCCGCUUCAGAUUGCGUUGAGUAUAUAUUUCCUUUUCACGACUCUGGGAGUCAGUGUCAUCCCGGGUGCCAUACUGAUGGCUCUACUGAUCCCAGUACCCGGAUAUCUCAUGAAGCGUAUGCAUACAGUCCAAGUUGAUAAGAUGCGGAAGACUGACGCUCGUAUCCAAAGCUCGACGGAUGCAAUCAGCGUCAUACGCAUGAUCAAGCUUUUUGGCUGGGAGCAGAAAAUGACCGAGCAGAUCGACCGGAAACGUGAAGUAGAACUCAAAGCUGUGAAAGAGUUCAAAGUCUUGCGGGUCAUCAAUGGGACGAUGAGCUACUUCCUCCGAUAUGCCUCUAUGGUCCUAACAUUCGUGAUCCACACCGUCAUUCUGAAGAGAGAAUUCACUGCCUCCCGAGUGUUCUCAUCACUUUUAGUGUUUGAGCUAUUAGGUGAACACCUUGAUAUGUUCUUCCGAGCAGUUCCGGCCAUGAUCACAGCGAAGGUAUCAUUAGACCGAAUAUACGAGUUCCUCCAGAAGACUGAGCUUCUGGAUGUAUUUGCUUCGGAUCAUCCGCAACAUGGUGUCGAUUCAGCAAGUGAUAUCGUAAUUCGUGCCUCGCGCUUCACAUGGACAUCCGAUACUGAGCGCAGUAACACAUUCUCGUUGAAUGUGCAAGAUGAAAUCUUGUUCCGGCGAGGAGAUUUCCAUCUCAUCACUGGUCCAACGGGCUGUGGGAAGACUUCAUUGUUGAUGGCUCUCCUCGGCGAAAUGCAUUACAUACCCCUUCGCGAAGACUCGACAGUGCAGUUGCCUCGUACAGGUGACGUUGCAUAUCAUGCACAAGAACCUUGGAUCUUCAAUGACACGAUACGGAAUAAUAUUCUCUUCAAUGAGCCAUAUGAUCAAGAUCGAUAUAUGAAAGUUGUCGAGCAGUGCGCAUUACAGGAGGAUUUCGAACAGUUUGACGCUGGGGAUGCAAGUGAAGUCGGUGAGAAGGGAAUUAGUCUAAGCGGAGGUCAGAAGGCUCGCCUGUCUUUGGCUCGUGCCAUUUAUUCACAUGCAGGGAUCCUCCUUCUUGAUGAUGUUUUGGCAGCCCUUGACGUUCGGACGACUCGUUGGAUUAUAGAGAAGUGCUUCAGAGGAGAGUUGUUGAAGGAUCGCACGGUCAUCCUGGCGACACAUAGAAUAGCAAUGGUUAGACACGCCGCAAAUUCAAUACUCACAAUGGGUCUCGACGGCAGGUCCAUAAAGCAAAGUGACUUGCAGGCUGAUGCAUCCAACUUCUCCACGGAAUUUGAAGCACAAGAAACUCAGGAUAAUCAGAUCGACAUUCCUGAUAGAAAGGGUGUUAGCGGGCAACUAAUACCGACAGAAGAGGUUGCUUUCGGCCAUGUCGGCGUAUCAGCGUUCCUGCUUUUCUUCGCAAACAUCGGCCAAACUGUGGCUUCUGUCUUCUUUUUUACGCUUUCCAUGUUAUGUUUGGAGUCAUUUGGUCAAUUUUCUGGCGUUAUGGAGACCUGGUCUUUGGGAAACUGGUCGAAGCAAUACGACCUACAACCUCCAUCUGAGAUUCCGAUCAUACACUAUUUGUCUAUCUAUCUUCUCUUUUCGCUGGGCUCUAUUACAAUGACCACCACGGCAUUCAUCGUGUUCAUUCUGGGCAGUGUUAGGUCGUCACGAAGGAUACACGAGAUCCUACUGAAGUCGGUUUUGGGUACCACAUGGCGGUGGUUGGAUGAGACACCUGCUGCCCGGAUCAUUGUACGUUUCACACAGGAUAUUGAGACUGUUGACGGUCCUUUGGCAUCCUAUUUCUUUCAACUAUUUGAUUGCUCGAUGCAGAUGAUAUUCAGGUUCACGGCGAUCUUGAUGGUGACCCCGUCUUUUGCUCUAUUAGGAGUAAUCAUAGCUGCACUGGGACUUGCUGCAGGUCAAGCGUUCAUGAAGGCUCAACUACCAAUAAAGCGUGAAACAAGUCUGGCCCGUGCGGCUGUUGUUGGGCAUCUAGCAACGUCACUUUCUGGUUUAGUAACAAUCCGCGCUUAUGGGGUGCAGGAACGAUAUGGCCUGGAACUCCAUGGUGUAAUUGAUCAAUACUCCAGAGCUGCGAGAACAACAUCUAACCUGAAUCAAUGGAUCUCCACCCGCAUUGAUAUGCUUGGGGCAUUGUUUGUGGCUAGUCUGUCCGUCUACCUCGUCUACAGAGAUAGCGCGGAUGCAUCCAUAUCAGGUUUCUCUCUUACACUGGCAGUGAGCACCUGUGGACUGCUAUUUUGGUGGGUUCGCGUGGUCAACGAGGUCGAACUUAACAGUAAUAGUCUGGAACGUAUACAACAGUUCACAAGGAUAGACCAGGAACCGGUACAUGCAAAUUUCAUUCCUCCAGCAUAUUGGCCCUCAAGUGGCGCACUGGUUGUCGAGAACCUUUCUGCACGAUACUCUACGGAUGGUCCAUUAGUCCUCCAGGGCAUCUCCUUCCGAAUUGAACCAGGGGAGCGUAUAGGUCUCGUCGGUCGUACGGGUAGUGGCAAGAGCUCCCUAGUUUUGUCUCUACUUCGCUGCAUUCCAACGGAAGGAGAGGUCUUAUUCGAUGGCAUCGCCACUGAUUCCAUCCCACCCAAUGCUCUAAGAUCCAAAGUCACCGUGAUUCCACAAGUGCCCGAGUUAUUGCAUGGCACAUUAAGACAGAACUUAGACCCCUUCUUCCAAUACAGCGAUGCUGAGCUCAACGAUGUACUUCGUGCAAGCGGCCUCUUCUCACUUCAAAGUGAGGCUGUCGAAGCACCGAGAAUUACACUGGAUACCCUGAUGUCUGGUGGUGGAAGCAACAUAUCGGUUGGUCAACGUCAAAUCAUUGCUCUUGCCAGAGCUAUGUUGCGGAGAAGCAAGCUUGUCAUACUUGAUGAAGCGACCUCUGCCAUUGACAACAAGACGGACUCCACCAUCCAGGCCUCUUUGAGAGAGAACCUUGGCACAGAUGUAUCCAUCAUAACGGUUGCACACCGUUUGCACACCGUCAUGGAUGUUGACAGAAUCAUCGUGCUCAGUGCCGGCCGCUUGGUAAGCUUCACGAAUGGGUUGCAGCGGAAAGCGUUGACGGCAAUGUUGAUCCUCUACGAUAGAUCGAGUGCGGAAGGCCCGAGGAUCUCCUCACAGAUGCGAACAGCGCUUUCUAUGCGAUGGUUAACGAAGACGGUGACCGAGACUGGCUCAUCGAGUUGGUCAAGACUAGGACAAAACCAUCUCAGCCCGGUGGAUCAGAGUAGUAAGACGUGCGGGAAUUGCAUUCCUUCUCUUUCUGAACAAUGGUGCGACUGGCAUCGUGUAUGGCGAUGGAUGUAUUGCCGGAAAAUGAAAAGAUAGAUAAAGAACCUGCGUGGAGGAAUCUACAUGUAAAAUAAAAUUGUCAGGAACUAGAGGGAAGGAUGGGUGACCAGAAUGGUGUCCAUGCAGGCUGAACGAACAACAACAACGAUUGAUGAU